AUUUGGGAGAUAAGAACAUUUGUCCUUUAUUCAUCAUGUAAAUACACGACUUACAUAAGCACACACAUAUUAAUACCAUAUGUAUAUAUACACACAUACAUAUGUCUACUCCUCAAAGGAGAUUACAAUACAUAUACAAGAAUCCUAAGGAUUCUUGGGGUCGAAGUCAGGAUCAGAGAGGCAUUCAUCGGUCGCUAUGUCGGAGUACUCCUCCUCGUUCUCCGAUUCCUCAACUUCCUCUUCUUCCCCCAUACUCUCCAUCGAGUCCACAUGGGUGCCCAAAUCAUCCACAUUAGGACCCAUCGAGUACCAAUCAUAGAUGGGUAUUUCAUCUAGAGUCCAAUAAUUGGUUGGAUGCUCUCCACCAAUGCAAUUACACUGGGACACCCCAUCGAUUCAUAUAGAAGAUUUAUUCUACUGUGCCUUUUUUCUAUUAUCACACGAUAGCAUGCAAUACACAUGCAUG